AUGACUUCAGGAACGGCAUUAGAACAAGCGAUGAAACAAGCCGCCCAACGGGCUGCACAAUUAACCUGGACACGAUCAAGAUCAGUCGCUCUUGGACAGCUUCCAGGUCCUCCCCUAGCCACGCCACAAAGGAACACCAAUGGGGAGGACGAGCUUGACGGAGUACCUCUGGAAGACAACGAGCUAGAGGAGUUAAUGGACGACACCGCGAUGGUCUUGCAAGGCCCCCUCAUCGGUUCCAACAAUGAUGACGGAGUUUCCUGGCGCCCAUCCGCCGAUAAGGGGAAAGAACGAGCCCUCAGUCCAACAAGCCCGACUCCAUCUAGGGAGGGUGAUCAAUACACAGAUCGGUUCUCCGAGCCAGAAACCCAAGAUCCCCAUGUGGGGGGGGGUAGACGAGAAAAUGCCUCCAAGAUACCCUUAAGGGGUGGAGUACACUCCAAGAACCCUAUGGGAGAGAGGGGGACUCAAGAGACAAUCUUCCCGGCGGCAAACCAAAGCCUGAACGACAGGGUAGACCAGCUACAUGCUGAUGGCCGUUACUCCGAAGCCAAGGCUCUGCAGGCAUACAUCGAGAACCAGUCCGCCGAAAGCACCAGAGGUGAGAACGGCGAAAGAAUUCCGGCCGCAGGCGGUAGUGGUCUCCCAAACGUACGCCCGUACACCCUGGUAGCUGAGGAGCUGUCAUCAAACACCGAGAGCAGUGUGACCGUACCAUUAGCUGGUCAGAUCAGACAGGAGGUAGUAGCACAACCACGCCCUACCCACCUCAACCCCCUCCCGGCUCGAACCCAGAACCAUGCGCUCUACUCGACACAUAUUGCACCUGGCCCGACUCAGACCUCCAGGCCGGCUCCGAAGUUCACCUCGGCUCCUCUAGGACCCACAGGUUUAGCACCCCCCCUCUACCAACAUCACGAAGCGCCGUUGCGGGCACAACCGGCACCAGUUUACGCUCCAGCACAGACCAUCACGAUGUCUUGCAAACUCCCAACCCAGCGGAGGUUUGAAGAGACACCUUACGUCAACAGAUCGGAACUAAUCCCCCAACUGACUCAAGAGGAUAUUGACGAGGCUGAGCAGGUGAAAGUGCUGAUGGCGGCAAAGAAGGGCUGGAUGGUUCUAAGGAACGGGGAUGUAGUUGAGAACGGACGGUUGUUAGUGGCAGAUACAACAGAGGAGAUGGAAAAAGGCCUACCUCAACUGUCCCCGGUUUUAACGCAUUGGCUUAAAACUUUUAAAUCAUACAUUCCCCUUACCGCUUUUGAUAAGUACUUUCUGAUGGACGACCAAACGGAGUGGAGUAGGAGAAAGGCUCCAACAGAGUCGGAGAUAGAUGAUGGCAGUGCUUCCCUCCGAGUUUACGGUGGCCAACCUCCUCCCGAUGAAUUGACAAUGCAAUUCGAGGAGUGGAUAGACUGUAUAGGCCUGUACAUCAAAUAUGUGGAGGAGGCAGGUUGGCAGACACUGUCAGAACGGUUUGCGGGUCACAAGAACGUGGUGAUAGGCUUACGAGAUGAUUUCGGGUGGAUGGUAUCCCUUCGCUACUGUGUACGGAUCCGACUGGGAGUGAUGCUGGAAACAAUCGACAAUCGAAUCCGCAAUUUCAGCAAACUCCAGACUGCCAUUUUUGAGGCAGCGAGGAUCCAAGCCGACACCCAGCAUGAACGGGCCUAUCGGACAAACCCUUACGCAGGAGGAGGCCCCCUGGCCCACUUGAACCCAUCGUCCGGCCUCCCCAAAUCAUCUACGCUCGCAUCAACCGCGAAGAAAACCACUUACGACACGGUGUAUCAGAAAGCAGUGACGACAACGCCCUCCUACUCACAACCAUCCACACAGGGCACUUGGAUUCCUUUGGCACAAUGGAGAACCAUGUCGACUGAGCAAAGACAAGUCGCAAUGAUGGGGAGAGAAGGCAGGUUGAAUUACCGUCGUUGGGAGGAUGAUUGUGGAAGGUACAAGGAGUCUUACAGAGAGUGUGACAGAAACGGAGGAAGAGAACACUACAGGAGAGAUGAUCGGUCGAAGUACCGCAGGAGAAGCUCGUUGCGUAGUCGUAGCCCAAGGGGAUCAAAGGGGAAAGGUCGCAACAACAGACAGUAA